AUGGAGAAGAACGACACUUCCGAGACGAUGAUCACCGUGGACGUCGAUCCGGAGGCUCUGAAUUGCCCAAGAUGUCUUCGUCCCCUCGAACCUCCGGUGUUCCAGUGCGCGGCCGGCCAUGUCGUGUGCUCGACCUGCCACGGCGACCUCCCGGACAAGGACAGGUGCGGGUCGUGCUUUGUCAACUCCGGCUUCAGCCGCUGCUUCAUCCCGACGAGCUACGGCCGCUGCUUGGCCUUGGAGCGUGUCCUGCAAUCCGUCCGUGUCGCCUGCCCACACGGCUGCGCCGCCACCAAGAUGCUCUACCACGAGAAGGCGGACCACCAAAAGACGUGUGCCGGAUCAUCAGCCGCCGUGGAGCAGCCGGCCGUGCUCCUCCAGCAAGGCCCCCCGGGUGACUGCAGCUACGAGCUUGUUUUGCCCAAGGUUCUGCCGUCAUCACGGGCGAGCGUCACCGUCACCAUCACCGGUGAUGACGUCGGGAAGAAGAAGAUCUGUGAUAGUGGCAAGAGCACAAUGGGAUCGUUGGUGAGGAUGGGUCCUUGCGGUGGCAUCGGUGGCAAUGUUAGGGAGACGAGCAUGUCAGAUGUCAACCGAAUCGUCGAGGUCAUCAUCCGCCAUGGCAACGCCGUGGACGCCAUUUCCGUCAUGUACGAGCGGAAGGGCAAGGAAGCGUGGACCGACAGGUGGGGCGGCGAAGGCGGCAAGCCCGCCCCGUUCAGUCUGCAGCAGGACGAGUACCUGACCAGCGUCCAUGGCCACUACGGCCAAUUCAAGGACACUGUCGUGAUAAGAUCGCUGACGCUUGUCAGCAACCUUCGCAGCUACGGGUCAUACGGGAAGGAGGACGGCGUGCCAUUCGCGCUCCACGCCGGCCCCGGUGGCAAGAUCAUCGGCUUCCACGCGCGAUCUGGCCAAUUCCUCGACGCGAUUGGCACCUAUGUGAAGAUGGACAAUUCUUGA